AUGGCUCCUCAUCGCCGUAGCAACACGGGCUUCGUCGGCGUUCGCUUGCGGCCUAGGGGCCAUUUUGCAGCUAAAAUCUCCGCCAUUGGAGUUCGUGUGUGGCUCGGCACCCUCAACACUAAGAAGGAGGCUGCUCGCGCAUACGACGCAACAGUGUGGAGGUUUUCCUGGCCGCGCCACCAAAUGAACUUCCCGGAGGCAAGGUCUCAGCUGGAAGCCAAGAGUCUCACUCCGGAGCCGCUAAUUUCCUUACAGGAGGAAGCGCGGUGCCACCGCCAAGGGCAGCGCUGGAUUUCCAUCGCCGAGGUGGACGAGCGGUUCAUGUCACAGUGCUGCAGAGGCCAUCCUGAAAACAUGGAAACCAUGCGCGCAUUCUGGAAGGACAAGCAUGUGGAGAGGAGAGCGGCGACGACGUCAAAGAGGAAGAUGAAGGCCACCAUUGAAGCGGAGUACGCCAAAGGAGAGGCGUCGACACUCGACCCUAAUGAUGACCAGUGGCUGGACAUCAUGUCAACUAUCGCUUCAGAGGACAUAGCCAACGAUGAGGAGGAAUAUUUCGACUGA